GGAGAGCGAGCAAGUCGUGGCUGAAUGAAGCGUUACGGCGUCCUGCGUCCGCGAGCUGCAGCUCCACUUCAGUCUCGAGCGGAGCUCUAACGGUUAAUUUUUCCUUAACCGUUCUUUUUGCUGUGGCUCAGGGGAGAAAAGCCAGCCCAGCUCGGUCUGGUGUGGCGUUUGGAGCCGUUUCUUCAGCCGUAGGUGGAUAAUAGCUUUCAUUUCAUUCCUCUUCCGUCUUUCUGGGAAGCCUUGAGCGCUAUCCAUGGGAUUACAACACUGAAAAGAAGCGAGGAGAAGAAGAGAGGACGAAGAGUUUCUGUUUGUUUUGUUUGUUUUUUUUAUAUUUAUUUUUUUUUAUGUUUAUUUAUUUUUUUACGCCGGGUGAAAUAAGGAGGUUCGAAAUGAGCUGCUUCAACUUUCGCUAGCGAAAAAAAAAAGAAAAGAAAUAAAUAAAUAAAAACUGAAGGGGGCGUAUCCGCGCGUGAGUCGCGAGCGAGGCAUCCCCCUCGAGCCUCACGCCGGCCGAGCUCGAGCUUGAGCGAGCUCGCGCUGCUGCGGAGUUCUGACCGUUGGAGCGGAGAUGGGUUUCAGUCACCCGGGAGAAGUUGUGGAAGAAUAAUCUUCAUCUUUUCGCGGCCGUUUCUGCUUUUUUUUUUUCCCCGCCAGAUGACCGCGCGGGCGCGCGAGCGUGGUUCGUUAACGGCAAAGAAGGCAAAAGCGACGCGCGAAAAAUGUCUCUUAGUGCUGAAAGGUCUGUUAGCGUCGAGACUUUGUGUUCGGAGACUGCGCGGCGCAGGAAAGCCUGUUGUGAUUAUUGAUAAUAAUAAUUAUAAUAAUAAGAUAAUGUUUUGGGAGUGAGCCGCUCUCGUCGCCGCCCCGUUUUAGAACUAACUCGUUACCGGAUUUCGAAAAUAAUGGCCAAUGAAAGUCCCUACGACAGCCGGGACAUCGUGGAGAAAUACAUCUACCACAAACUUCUCAAGCGAGGCUACGUGUGGGAGUUCCGCUCCGCCGCCGGUGCCGCCGCCGCCGCCGCCGCCACGGCCGACGACGACGACAACGACGAGGCCGAGAUGCCGCGCGCAGGGCCCGCGAGGCUGCACCGGCUGCUGCGCGAGGCCGGCGAUGAGCUCGAGCGCGCCUACCAGCGGGACUUCGCCGCCAUGUGGGACCAGCUGCGCGUGGCGCCGAGCGCGCAGCUCCAGCGCAGCUUCGUGGCCGUGGCCGAGGAGCUGUUCGGCGACGGCGUGAACUGGGGCCGCGUCGUGGCCUUCUUCGAGUUCGGCGGCACCCUGUGCGUGGAGAGCGUGAACCGCGAGAUGGCGUCGCAGGUGGAGCACAUCUCGCGCUGGAUGACCGAUUACCUGAACGGACCGCUGCUGCAGAGCUGGAUCCGGGACAACGGUGGCUGGGAUGGCUUUGUGGAGAUCUACAGUCAGCAGAGAAGGUCUAUUUUCCACCCCUGGCCCUAUCUAAAGACAGUGUUUGGCCUGGCAGCCCUGGGGGCAGCGGGGGUAACCAUCGGAGCUCUCUUUACCCAGAAGUGAUGACCCUUACCCCGGCACAGGAUCACCCCCACCUCUUCCUCUUCCUCUCUCUCUCUGUCUCUCUCUCUUCUGGCUUAUCGAAGCACUUGUUCUCUCAGCGUAGCACUGCCCUGCCCAGGACCAAGGCUCUACUGUCUACUCCACGGAGCGGAGCUGUCCUUUGUCCACAUGCUUGUGACUGGAGCAGGAGAAGAAACAAGAAUUAAGAGAAGAAUACAUGGACAAGCUCCUACACUUGUACUCUGACUGCAUCACUGCCAUGUAUAGAUCUAAAUACACACGCAUACAUGCACACACGUCAACACAGACUGAGUCGUAUACAAUCCCAAAUAUAUGGACCACACAAAAACUGAACUGAUGAAUUGUUGUUUGUGUCUGAACUUCUACGAAACAUGCACAAUACGUGCAAAAUACAUCCACAGGUUUCGCGAAGAUUCUGCUUAUGAUUACAUACUUAGAUACAUUUGUAGCAUGAGACGUGAGAUAUACAUAUUUAGCGUCCAGGAACAUAGGAAGGAGACAAAAAUAGAAAAAGAAAGAGGAGACCGCAGAGAAUGUGUAGCGCUUCCACUGUCUGCAUGUGUGGAGAAAGCUCGAGUGACUUUUUUCUGUUU